GUCAAAUUGAUAUUUAAUAGUUUCUUGUUAUCAAAAUUUUAAUUUUUAAGAGAAAAAAAAAGAUAUGGAUGACGAUACUUGUGAACAUCACCCAAGGUAUCUUAAUCAAAUAAAAGCUAAGAGCGUGUCUCAGCCAGGAGAUGAAAAAUAUACUACUAGUACUUUAAUUCGAGAUGAAUUAGAGUAUGCUUCUAAUUAUAGAGCUGUCCAAAAGAGGAUACCAAGGAAAGAAGUGUAUCCAAAAAAUCGUCCCUUUGAACUACCUUUCGAAUUAUGUCGUUUAAAACAAUUGCAAAAAAGAAAGAAAAAGAAAGGUGACCAUGUGGAGAAGCUUACUAAAAAACCUACAAUGCUAGAAAGAAGUAUAAUGAGCCAGGAUGAAUAUAUGAGAUGGUUGGCAAUGCCGAACAUUAAAAAGAAAGGAUCUGAUCCUAAACCAAAAAAAGUGAAAAGAUGUCAAAUGUCGCCAUGUCCGCCACGAUGUGUUCAGCUGUCUGCACCUCCCAAGCGAAGAGUUUUGUCUACUUGGACUGAAUACCAAGAUAAACUGCCAGCUGAGGUAUUGCUAAGGUUUCAACAAAUGUUGCACACUGAUCAAAAUCUGAAACUAAGGGAUGCUGAUUAUUAUUAUAAAAAGAUAGACAAAAGAAAAAGGCGAUUGGCUAAGAGAAAAAAACGUUUACGUCUCAAACGGAAACUUAAUAAAGAGAGGGGCAAAUAUGCGUGGAUUGGUGAAAAUAUCAGCGACACCACUAGAGCUAUUCUGGAGUAUCUUAGACAAGAACCACUGUAUUCAUUAAAUUAUAAACAACUAUUAUUAUCGGAUCAAAUUCUAAAUAUAUUAGAUGAGAAAAAUGUAUUAUCAAAACCAUCAAGAACAAGCAAAAAUACUUAUCAGAAAUGUUUUAUUGAGACCAGCGAUAAACUAGCUGUGUGGAUGGAUACUCUAACAAAGUUUGUUGAUGUGCAAGCAGUCGAAAGUGCUGAAGAUAUUCCACCUAUAACAAUAUCUACUUUAAUACCCGAAGAGGAAGAGGAAGAGGAAGAAAUAGAAGAAGAAGUAGAGGAGGUGGAAGAAGGAGAAGACGAGUUUAUAACUGAAGAAGAGGAAGAAUAUGAAGAAAGUGUAAAAGUUGAAUACGAGGAUGGAAGAGAUAUAGAAAAGGAAUAUGAACAGGAAGAAAUAGCGGAAGAACGAGAUCACAUUGGUGAAAUAGAAGCAGAAGAUGGAGAGGAAGGAAUGAUUUACGAUAAAGAGGAAUUUGAAAAAAGAACAGCUGAAGUCGAUGAAAAAAUAGACCAUCUAGAAUCUGGCGAAGAGGGAGAAGCUGACUUCGACGAUAAAAAGGAAAGCGGAAUCAUCGAACCAGGAGAAAAAGAAAAGCUAUCCGAGGAAGUAAUAGACUUAGGUCCGUUGGAUAUCGGCGAAGAAUUUGGCGAAGAAUACAUAGGUAAAUUACCCGAUGACCAUGAAAAAGAUAAAUAUGAAGAGAUGGAUUUAGAUUUGUUAAAAGCGCUGAUACAAAUAUACGAAGAACGAAGUCCUUCAGAUUACUUACGAAAUCAGGUACAACAUUUCCCAGGUUAUACAUACGAAGAAAUUCUUAAAAAAAUGAAAGAUAUAACACUGGAAAAAGAAGGUCCGAAAAAGUCGAAACUUGAAGAAGCUAUGAUUCAAUGGCUUAGAGAUGUUGCUCCGGAUCAAGUAAAUGAGCGGAAUCUAAAAGCCAUACAUGAAUAUGCCUGUGCUCUGUUAGCCGAACUGAAAAAACGAGGAUGGAGUGAAGAAGACAUCGAUAAACUAGGGCCGUUCAUUGAAGGGGAAGAUGCAGGUAUUGACGUUGUUAAAGAGAUAGAAGAAAUUAUCAGAGAAGGAGAAUCUGAAGGCCAAAAACAGAUAGACACAUUAUAUCCUAUAGGGGAAGAAGAUUUUGAACAAAUGGAAAUAUCCGAAGGGGAAGGCAAGAUUGCAGUAGACACGGGUAUUGUACGAGUAGAUUCCAAAGACAAAGACAAGGAACUGGGUGAAUAUAUUUAUGGACAUAAACCUAGCGUUGUUAGAGAUCAUUGCCUAGAUGCUAUUUGUUGUCUGACGCUAAAGAUUUGGGCUGUAUGGUUAUUGGAAGUUAUACACAACGCUCAUACAUGGACGAAAUGGAUGCACGAAAUAAUUGGAAGCGUUAGAAGUUAUGCCAGCGUUGUUAGAGGUGACGUGAAAGAUGCUAAUGGGAAAACCAAAGUUCUGUUAAAAUCAGACUGGGAAAAGUUUGUGAAAGAAACAGAGAAAAAAGUAAUUGCAUGGAGGCAAUACAGCGCCCAUGUAAAUGAUUUGUCAAACGAGAUUAUUGAAAACUUUAGGAAUAAAGAAGUGUACUGUUGUCCAAAAUGUUUACAGGACCACCUCAUUAAAAAUGUAGUUACUGCCCACAAUACAUUUGCAGCCUUAACAGAAGCUAUGAAUUGUGCACAAUAUUGGCGACGGUGUUUGGAUGACUUGGUAGAGACAACAGCUUCGAUUACAGUCCCAGAAGAUAAAGAACAAGUCGGUAGCAGUAGCAGUAGUGAAGAAUCAUUAGAAGCAGAUGAAAUUGAAGAAUUAAGUAUUGAGAGUUCUGACUCCGAUGACGAUGAGUCUAUUUAUGAAUUGGAAGAAAUUCGGAGAUAAAGUCAAGCCAGAUAAUGAUAAAAUAUUUAUUUUCAAAAAUAUUAAAAAUAUUUUUCGGAAA